AUGGCAGACAACCGCGUUGUCCCAGACUAUCCCGCGAGCCACCAGUCUUCCGGAGACCCGCUUCAACCACAACCAUCGCGCUCUGCUGUCACUGCAAGUGAGCCUGAUACUAUGGAUUCUAGAGAUCAUUCUGAGAUCCCUCCGGCUCACUCGUACCCUUCUCCCAACGCAGCGCAAAUCGGUCAAGCUACUAUGUCCUACUACGCCAACCAGUCGAGACACCUGACCGCGGACGAGCUGCAUCUCUCCGCUGAAUUGUCUCGUGAGGCUUCGACUGCGAAUAUGAAUGAUGGCUCAGCAAAUGGAAUUGGCCAUGGCCAGCCAAUGGUCUUGGGCCAGUCGAAUUCUGGCUCGACUGACAUCAAUCGCGCUACGCAAGAUGACCAACACCAGCAGCAGCAGCAGCAGCAGCAACAACAACAACAGCAACAACAACCACCACCACCACCACCACCCCAACAUCAGCAGCAACAGCAACAACAACAACAACAACAACAACAACAAUCACAUCUCAUUCAGUUCACACCCAAUCAACAGGUUGGAGUUGAUCCCAAUCAUGACUUGAGCUAUGGUGAUCAGAGUGCGCGGCGAAAGCGAUCCAAGGUUUCUCGAGCUUGCGACGAAUGCAGGCGCAAGAAGGUUCGAUGUGAUGCGACCUCGGAAGCAGGAGUGGAAACUUGUACCAAUUGCCGCCGUACCAAUGCGACUUGCGAAUUCAGUAGAGUCCCCAUGAAACGCGGUCCUAGCAAAGGGUACAUAAAAGAACUUGCCGACCGUAUCAACAGUCUCGAAAAUCAGAUGCAUCCUGGUAUCCCGCAAUCUGACAUGCAGUACCAGCCAAUGCAGGAGGACACAUCUCCUCGUGGAUACCAGGAAUUUUCAUCCCCAGUGGAAGGAAAUCUUAUACCUCGCAAGAGGACAUACUCCAUGUCAGAAGGUCUUCAAAACACUUUUGUGCAAUCUCAAUUUUCCCACAAUGGGCGUCCCACAUCCGUUGGAGGCUGGCCUGUCCAGACCCCAAGUAAAGACCAAUCCCAAGGCCACCAGGGAGAUGGUGGUGCUGCCGUCGACAUGUAUGCCAAUACACUCACCAAUGGGUCUGUGAGGGUUAACCAGCCGUUCUGGUCGCAAGAAGGCAUAACAUCAGGACAGCAGAGCGAUAUCAAUGCCUUGGGUGAUGAACUCCAACCGCCCAUAGAGUUGGAUGAAAAGGUUUUUGACGCCUACUAUAAUCAUAUCCAUCUCAUUCUACCCGUGUUGCCUAAUUCAAGGGAUCGAUUCCGUGAUCAUCUCCAACAGUGUAAUCGCCAGAUCCAGGAAGUGUUUCUCCACUGCCUUUACGCAGUUACAGGCGCGAAUAUGUUUCGUGCUGGAAAUCAGUUUCAACAAAUCCCAACAUUUGAAAAGGCUCAGGAUCGGCUAUACGCGUCAUUUCGAGAAGAGCCAUCAUCCAGGUCUUUGCCAACCAACUUUGUACUUCUCCAAAGUAUUCUGUUGAUGGUACUUGAAGCUGAUACUCGCGGGCCGGAAAAUCUGCUUGGCCAGAAUGGCUUGUCAAAAUCGGUGCUUUUGGAAGCUGCUUAUCCUCUGUCAUAUCAUAUUGCGAAAAAUCUGGGCCAGGUCAGAACUAGCAAUCCAGAUGACACCGAACCCGAUUCAGAUGCCAAUAUCGCACGACGUAAUUAUAUUGUCGUCGGAAUUUUAUCACGAUGGCACGCCGUUGCUGUAGCCGGGCCCGACAUUUUUGAUACCAACGAAACUGCCACUCUGGAAGAUCAACAGAUUUUUGGCGCUAUACCGUUGCAAAUAUCGCGUUAUUCAACGCUCCUGACGGAGAUCUACGACCUCCUUUUCGAUUUAACACCGUACACGUUGUCAAACUACGGCGCUAGCCGCGCUCUUAAGCGCAACAUGUACGGCCAACUUAGUCGUAUUAGGGAUGUUGAACAACUCCAUCUUGACGACAACACUGACAAUAUGAAUGCCGCACGUAUGGAGGAACUCUCCCCACUCAUGUUCUGGUUCAUUACUCUCCUCCUCAAACGGCACCUAUUCACAUAUACUCCGUCCGAAAUCCUCUACCCAGCCGAAGUCAUCAUUGACCUCCUUCACAAACAAUCGCAAGUGCAGACCUCUGAAACAGCAGCAGCAACCACCCAGAUACUAACAACACAUUCCACCCCAUUCCACCUUCAUUUCUUUUCCCUCGCCGUAUUAACACUCCUUGAAAUCACGGACCUGCCAGAUCUCUCCAACGACGCUUGGGAAUCAUUAGAGAAAGCUCUUCAGAUCAUUUCGCACCGGGAAAAAUACUCAGCCACGGCGGGAGAGUUUGAAAAUCCCUUCUCUACACCCAGGUGGGAUGCGUGCAUCCAUGGCUUCAUCCAAGCAAAGCUUGCCAAGGGCCGACCACAACAAUCGGGCUCUCAAGUCGGUGCUACUAGCGACAGCGGUGGGGCCGCGGGUCCCGGAUCGGCCGCACCGCCACUCGUGGGGCCUACGGAACAGCGCUCGCUGCAACAUUUGGCUGACCUAGCCGUCGGUGCUGGAAGCGCCGGUGGUAGUGGGAACGUGCCUUCCCCACCUGGUACAUCUGCGGGCAAUGGCCUGGGAGAGGAGAAGGAGUCAAAUGCGAGAACUGCGGCUGGCCCAUCGGAAAUGGCAGAUGGGAUACAACAGCAGCCGUCUAGCGUGGAGCCCCAGAGACCGGCAGUAUUUAUUGAUUUUACAAAGUUGACAAAAAAGGGCUAUUUGAAUGUGCUUGCAGCGAAUUUUAGUUGA